GCGACGCCGAGAAUCGGACGAAUUUGUUCAACUACAUUUCCAAUUUUAAUUAAAUUCUUCUCGAAAGUGUUUAUGAUGCCUAGAUUUAUAGCUACAUAGUUAAUAUAUAUCGCUCCUAAGAAGUAAUAGUGUGUUGUGCCUUUAAUAUAAUUAACUUUAGUCUACGAAAAUGGAGAAGCACAUGGUAAUCGCUGGAGUUAUAGUAACAUCAACGGGACUGAACAAUUUGGAAGUAGCUCCUGGUUAUGUCAUGGUUGUGGAUGGCAAAAUUACCCGUAAGGGCAAUAUAAAAGAGUUUGAGAGGCUUGAGGGACAGGGUGCCCUUAGGGGUUAUAAUGUAAUCAAAAUGCAUGAGGAGCAAUUCCUGAUGCCAGGUUUGAUCGACUGUCAUACACAUGCACCUCAAUUCCCAAAUCUUGGUUUGGGAAUGAAUCUCAUAGCGCUCUACUGGCUGCAAGAAUACAUAUAUCCACUAGAAAGUGAAUUUUAUAAAACUGAUUAUGCGAAGGAUGUUUAUUCUCAAGCGGUGCGCCGCCUACUGAAAAAUGGAACCACCACCGCCUGCUACACCGGUACUCUCCAUCUAGAUGGAACAAUGGAACUAGUGAAAAGUGUGAUAGAUCAAAAACAACGUGCCCUCAUUGGCAAAGUCAGUGGCAAUAUAGAAAACAAAUUCGGAUACUAUAAUAACAUUGAUACAGAACUGGCUGAAACUAAAACGUUCAUUAAGAAAGUUCUUGCUUUGGGCAAUGACUUGGUGCUCCCUGUCGUGGCACCACGAUGCCCGCUCAGUUGCGACAAUGACAUGAUGAACAAGCUUGCGAAGUUAGCUGUCAAAUAUGACUGUCGUAUGCAGAGUCAUAUAUCCGAAAGUAAAGAUGAUAUAACACAGGUGCUUCAACUAAACCCGGGCUGCAUGAACUAUGCCGAAGUUUUCGAUAAGUGCGAUGUUCUCACCAAAAAGUGUAUCCUGGCGCACGGUGUGCACCUGACGGGGCACGAGAUCGAUCUGCUGAAGAUGCGCGACGUAGGACUCGUCCACUGCCCCGCGUCCAACACCCGUUUACGCUCCGGCAUCUGCCCCGUGCGCAAGCUGCUGAACCACGGCCUUAAAAUUGCACUUGGCACAGAUGUGGCCGGGGGUGACAGUACGUCUAUGCUAGACGCUAUCCGCCGCACUAUAGAUGUCUCCACGCACUUGGAGCUACUGGACGGACAGUACAGUGCUAUCAAUUGGAAGGAGGCGUUCUAUCUUAGCACACUCGGAGGAGCAAAAGUCUUGAAUUUAGACGAUAAAAUUGGGAGCCUGGAAGUGGGAAAGGAGUUUGACGCCCUGCUAAUCGACGUAUAUGCACCAGGAAGUCCCAUCGACGAAUGCAAUAAGCAUUUCGUAGGAUAUGUUAAAGAUCACGAGCGGCUGGUCCAGCUAUUUCUUUCAUCGGGGGACUACCGCAACAUCUCGAAGGUGUUCGUCAAAGGGCGCCUCAUAAAGGAUGAGGGUGCCCUUGUCUUGUAAGCUUGUCAAAUGACAAGAUUAGUCAUUAUAUAUCAUAAAUUAAGCCAAACUCACAUUUAUAACAUUAGUAUUAUUAAUAACAUUUAUUAGUAUUAUUUAUAACAUUAGUAUUAGUUUCAUCUAUUUAUUUAACUAUUACGUAGGCUUCGUCAGGAAGACACAAAUAUAAAUCAGCAACAGGCUUCGUCACAAAGAAAUUCAAUUCGCUAGACUUAGUCAUUUCUAUUUAACUAUAAGAAUGAAUCAGGACCGCUCUGAAUCUUAGCUGGCUUAUAACACUGGCAGCAUUACCGCGCUGAAUAGCCAACGAAAUUUGUUGCACCAAGUAAGAUGCAGAGCGUGGAUCAUAGCAUCUUUCUCUAAGCCGACGACCCAACUCCCUGAUGAAUUCUUUGGCCUCCGCACCCCAAGUCCCCGCAGUCUCCACUGCAAUUGGCACAAAAUCGUACAUCAGCUCCAAGGCACUGUACUUGGCAUGUUUCAAUUUUGCUGCAUACGCUGCAGCUGACCCGAUCUGGUGGUUUGAUUCAGGAGGGACGGUGCAAACGUACUGACACACAAAGCACCGGCCCUUCUGCCACGGAACCAGUGUAAGGCCGUCAGGUCUCUUGCCAUCUGUACGGCGCAGCCCCGGAGGCUCCAGACACAGGGCAAACAAAAAAAAGCAUAUAAACGACUUCAAUUAUUUCUUUCUUCAAUUUAAUUAUUAAUCGACUUCAAUUAUACUCAAUUAAAUCAAAUCAAUACUUAAACGACUACUCAUAAUACAACCACUAGUUUAAUUUAUUGUUAUUAGUAAUUAUAAUCAAUAAACUCGUCUAUAAUAAUUAAUAAUACAUAUAUUGGUGAUGGUACUUCGGUGGAAGAACAG